AUGGCUAAAGCACGUGUUAAGAAGCGCACCCAUCUUCGGCCGCAAAAUGCCUCCGCGGCUCCCAACAAGGCCAGCGCUGCUGCGAUGAACAAGACUCCCAAAUCUAUGGUCAUUCGAGUAGGCGGCUCACAAGUCGGUACCAGUGUCACUCAGCUUGUUAAAGAUGUUCGUCAUAUGAUGGAGCCCGAAACAGCAGUGCGAUUGAAGGAACGCAAAUCUAAUCGACUGCGCGAUUAUACUGUCAUGGCCGGCCCUCUCGGCGUUACACAUUUGAUGCUCUUCUCUAAGUCCAAGACCGGCAACACUAACAUGCGUCUUGCCGUUACGCCUCGAGGCCCUACAAUGCAUUUCCAAGUUGAGAACUACUCACUCUGCAAAGACGUUGAGCGAGCUAUGAAGCGCCCUCAAAGCGGAGGCCAGGAUCACAAGACACCCCCUCUUCUGGUGAUGAACAACUUCAAUACAGAUGCGACAGAAGACUCCAAGAUUCCCAAGCGCCUUGAGGCUCUCACUACAACAAUCUUCCAGUCCCUCUUCCCCCCAAUCAACCCGCAAGCCACACCUCUUCAUUCCAUCCGCCGUGUUAUGUUGUUGAACAGAGAGCCUUCCGAAGCCGAUGGUUCUUACGUUCUGAGUCUACGACACUACGCUAUUGCUACAAAGAAGACUGGUGUAUCAAAACGGAUUCGUCGCCUGGAUCCAAAGGAAAUUCGAAACAGGGAGAAGAAGAAGGCCGCAGUUCCAAACCUUGGAAAAUUAGAGGACGCCGCUGACUACUUGCUUGAUACAUCUGCUGCUGGUUACACAUCUGCUAGUGAAACUGAGUUGGAUACGGAUGCCGAGGUGGAGAUUCUCGAGAGCACAACCCGCAGAGUUCUCAACAAGCGGGAGCAACAACGCCAGAAGGCUGCAGAGAAAGGCGAAAAGCCAUCUGCCGCUACACCCGGCGUGGAGAAGAGGGCAGUCAAACUUGUCGAACUGGGCCCCCGAAUGAAGCUGCGCUUGAUGAAGGUUGAGGAUGGUGUCUGCGAUGGAAAGAUUAUGUGGCACGAUUUCAUUAAAAAGACCGAGAAAGAGAUCAGAGCAUUGGACCAGAACUGGGCUGUCCGACGGAAGGAGAAGGAGGCUAGAAAGAAGCUGCAGAAAGCGAAUAUCGAAAAGAAGAAGGCAGAGAAAGCCAAGGCUCGAUCCAGAGGCGAGAAGGUUGAAGAUGAUGAUGAUGAGGAUGUCGAUAUGGACGAUGAGGCUGAUUGGCUUAGUGAUGAUUUCGGUGAAGAGGAGGAGGAUUCUGAUGAAUCCAUGGAGGAAUAA